AUGUUCUCUCACAACUCUGUUCACUUCUCUUCUGACUUGUUCUCUGAAUUCGAACCAAGUCCAACGGUUCAAUUGUUUGAACCCUCUCCUCUUCAGAGUUUGAUUCAUUCAUUCUCUGAUGAAGGAUCCAAUCAUGGUGUUUCUACCAUGAUGAAUCAAGCUGAUCAAGACUCCAAUGACUUUUCCAUGUUGUUUGAAGAUGAUCAAACUCCUUGUUCAUCCUCUCAAACAAUUAGUCAUGGAUCACCUGUUGCUGCUUCCAAUGUUGAUUCUGAAGAUGAGUUUAAUGCAUGGUUCCAAGGUUUGAAAGGACCUCUCAGUCCAACUGAAACCAGCACCACUCUCAAUCAGGUUACUAAAGAAGCUGAGCCUCAUGCUGAACAGGCAACAACCACUACUGGUGAGGCUCUUUCUUUUCAAGAGAUUGAAGCCAUGCUUGGAAAGAUUCCAGAUUCCUCUCCUUGCUCUACUUCUUCUUCUUCUGCUGGGACUACUGUUUACAACGAGGAGAUUCACAUUAAGAAAGCAAAGAAGAAGAAGAACACAACUCCAAAGAAGAGUAAGAAGGGUCAUUCUCUUCAAAGCUCAAAGAAAAAGAGAUCUCCCAAUGUAGAAUCCAACCUUGCCAAGAGAUUGAACGCUCUUCGAGAAAGGUUGCAUGCUCUCGAUCAGGCACAUGGUUCUUCCUCAAUGGUUGAUACUUCUCAAUAUCCUCCAAAGAUUUCCCAAACAAGCUAUGUAAUCUUUGAUCAGGAUAGAAAUGCCAACAGUGAGGGAACUCAUUCUUCAAAUUCAUUCAAUCUCAACAUUCAUUACUUCAAAGGUCCAAAGUUAGUUGGAAAGCAUGUGUUCGAUCCCAAUGAAUUGGAACAAUUGACAAUCUCCGAUUCACCACAAGUGAUUGAAUGUUCUCGAAAUUCAGUUACCACUCUCCAAGGAUUAUUAGAAAAUCACUUUGGAGUGAACCGUGCUAAAAACCCUAUUUACGUCCAAUUUGAUGGAUGUCCGGAUUAUCACAUGCUGUAUUGUCAAAAAGGCAAGACAGACCAUGUGAGAAGUUUAAUUCGAGUGGUUCAACAAGACUCUUCUCGAUCAAUGAAAGUCUCCACUCAUGACAUUUGUUUGAACAAGUUGUCCAAUGCUGCAACCAAACCACUGAAACAUACGGCUCCUGUUAGCAAGGACACUAGUUCAACCCCUUCUUCUUCCAAGAAUUAA